CUCAAAUCUUUGACUCUCACCGGUCCUCCGGGUGGUCCUGGAACUGCUCUCGCAUCAUUGAGCCCAAAUGACCAAGCUAGGACCAAACUGUGGCUUGCAACCGUGGUUGAGGCGCUGCGACUAUUGCCAUACGUUUUGAUUCCGAUAGAAUCUACCAGCUACGUGACCAAAAAUGAUCAUCGCCCCGACGGCAUUGAAGAAGCCUCAAUGUUAACUGAGUUCAUGGACGGGGAAUACAUCCUGCAAAAUGAGCCGCGGGCGGAUGGUGCGACUAUGACCAAUGUCUUGAAAGAAACCUGCGAUAUCAAUUUCAGAUUCCUCAUGAUACUCAGGAGAAUCACUUCAAACCUAAGGAAUAUUCAAAAAGACACUCGAGUUCUCACAGUGGGGGUUAUGUAUUGCUACCUUGGUAGUCUGUCC